CGCGCCCGUCGGCCGCGCUGCAGGUGCGCUGGAGCGGGCGGAGCCGGCGGCGACCUGACCGUCCGAGGCUCCCCUUACCCUGCAGGGGCCGCUCGGCUCCCUCGGAGAGUGCCUUGUUUUCUAACUUAAGGGCAACAGGUGGUGCCGGUGGACCGAGGGAGAGCCCUGCUCCGGCACGCUGGGAGCGGCAGUUACCCUCACCAAUUAGGGCACGGGGGCGGGAAUAGCCUGUCUGCCCUGAGGGAGGUGACCAAUGGGGUUUCGGAUCAUGGGUGGGCCGUGAGGAGUGGGUGUGGUCAGAGUCUGAGUCCAAGGUUUCUAGUGCCCCGACUGCCAGAGCUGCUCGGAGAGCUAAACUGGGCGGACGUGGGGGAGAUUCGCCCCGCGUAGAAACGCCUGCCAAUGCUUUCUCUUUGGGACCCAGACUCCAAUUCGGGAGUCUUAUAGCUGGAUCACCCAGGAAGAGAAGUUCUAAAGCAGUAAGAAGAAAGCAUUUCAAUUUGGGACAAUUAUUGCAGCUGGAAAUGGGGAAUGGACUAUCAGAACAGACUUCUAUCCUGUCCAGCCUACCUUCAUUUCAGUCCUUCCACAUUGUUAUUUUGGGUUUGGACUGUGCUGGAAAGACAACUGUCUUAUACAGGCUGCAGUUCAAUGAAUUUGUAAAUACUGUACCUACCAAAGGAUUUAACACUGAGAAAAUUAAGGUAACCUUGGGAAAUUCUAAAACAGUCACUUUUCACUUCUGGGAUGUAGGUGGUCAGGAGAAAUUAAGGCCACUGUGGAAGUCAUAUACAAGAUGCACAGAUGGCAUUGUGUUUGUUGUGGACUCUGUUGAUGUGGAAAGGAUGGAAGAAGCCAAAACUGAACUUCAUAAAAUAACUAGGAUAUCAGAAAAUCAAGGAGUCCCUGUACUUAUAGUUGCUAACAAACAAGACUUGAGGAACUCCUUGUCUCUCUCAGAAAUUGAGAAAUUGUUAGCAAUGGGUGAACUGAGUUCAUCAACUCCUUGGCAUUUGCAGCCUACCUGUGCAAUCAUAGGAGAUGGACUAAAGGAAGGACUUGAGAAACUACAUGAUAUGAUAAUUAAAAGAAGAAAAAUGUUGCGGCAACAGAAAAAGAAAAGAUGAACAUCCAUGCCUUUUAUAUCUGUGUGGAUUAGGUUUUCUCAGAUUUGAUUUUGACCAAUGGAAGAGUGUCUAUAGCCUGGUUUGCCUGUCUGCCCUCCUGGAUGCUUUUAAAGCUUUGUUUUCUUGAACAGUGAAAUGCUCAACUCCGUUGCCUUGUGGAAGAUGAGUAAAUGCAGUGCUUCUUAAAGUGGUCUCUUUUCCCUGCCCCACAAAUCUUUUGGUACUACCAUUUUGGGAAGCCAAGCAAGGAUAGUAAAUUGACCAGAACACAGUUGUGGAAAUUUGACCUGAAGUUAGUGAAAUAAAACUUUGAAGAUUGUCUGCCUAAUGUUUUGUGCUUAUAUCUUUUUGGGGGAAGCCUUUGCAAUGAGUUUGCAUAUGGGGCUUUUUGUGUUAUGAUAAAAUGCUAAUAAAUGGAAAUGUUAAGGUAGAUUAAUAUAUAUGCGGUUAUAUUGAUCAUAUUGGUCCAACCAGCCCUUUUUUAAUGUAAGGGACAAGGAGGAAGUGUUUGCUGUUUUAAGUUUUGGCCAAAUGAUUUUUGACAUUUUCUGGAAUCACAUAAUUUAAUGGUGUAUAUUGAUUCUAGAUGAUGUUUAAUUAAGUUGGCCUCACUUUAAUAAAAAUAAGAUAAUUUGGGUUUUAUUCAAGUGCAUGGAUUAGUUUUUCUGACAAAGCAUGUUUUGGUGUGUAGUCUUUUUAGAAAUAGCUAUGCAUUUUUCUACAUAGGUUUAAAGCAACUUUUGGGGGGAUAUAGGGCAAUAUAGAAAUAGUUUGCUGUCAGAAGCACUUUCACUUGAAGAACCUAAAAUAAUUUACUUGAGUCUUAUGUAGUAAAUAUGGGCAUGUAGACUAAUAAAUGCAUAUGCUUGGAUACAUAUAUGGAUUUAUGAAGAAAGAAAUUGAUGAACAGUCAAGAGGAUGUAAUUAUGAGUUCUAAAAUAUUCCAGUUAAAAGAUAUUUGUUCUAUUAAUAUUUGUGGGCUGAAAAUCUGGUUUUUCAUAUAUUUUUGUAGUGUGUUGGGAGGAGCUUUAUAAACAACACUUGAUGUGCUGUGGAGUGAAAAUGUAAAAGAUAUCCCAUAUGUGUUCUGAGCUUUAAUUUUUUGUUUACAAACUGAAUAGUGUUACACAACUGUCCAGUCCUGAUUAUAGGAAGGAAGAAAUGGUACAGAACUGCAGAUAAGAAUUACAAUUAUAGAAAAUGAAGGGGAAAGUAGCAAAGCUGUUUUAUGAAAAUUCACUGGUGCUGUUUACAUUGGAAUUGUAAAAAUUCUAAAUUAUAAGAAGGAAAGAUCUUUAUUUAAUUCUUAACCUACAGGAGGAGACUUCUAGUGAUCAUAUAUUAUCAAUCAACAUAUUUUCUAUGUGUAAAACCAACAGUUAUGGGUUCUGAAAUUCACCAAAAGAGAUGCACUUUGCUAAUAGGGUUUGUUUUGGUUAUUAUUAUUAUUUUCUUUUUAGUGGCACAACUGAGUUUUUGGAACCUUGAUUCUUGUUACAAACAAAAUGAAGUAGCUUCCUGUGGAGGUUUCAUAUGUUAAAUGUACCUGCCCUAGUGAUGGUCACUUAGAAUGUUUAUAUUUAUAGAAAUGUGGAUAAUAACUACCAAUAAACUACUUGAGGCACUAGGACAACA